CCCGUGCAAAUGAUUAACUCCAGCCUCAGGCUAUUUUAGACAUCCUUAUAUUUCUGGUUCAGAGUCAGGAUCGCUGCAGACACUUCAGACGUCAAGCGAGAAGAAACACUGUGUAGUUAUGCACAGCAAGGAGGACCUGAGAUAUGAAGACUGCGAGGAGACAGUUCAGUGGCUCCUGGAUCGGAUCCAGUCUCCACCAGACAUUGCCAUCAUCUGCGGGUCUGGUUUGGGUCUCCUCGCAGAGACAUUAAGCAACCCAAAGACCUUUGACUAUAGCCAGAUCCCACAUUUUCCAGCAAGUACAGUGGUGGGACACUCGGGCCAGUUGGUGUUUGGUACGUUGCUGGACAAGUCAUGUGUCUGUAUGAAAGGCCGGUUCCAUGUGUAUGAAGGAUAUUCUCUGAGCAAAGUCACUUUCCCAAUCAGAGUGUUUAAGCUCCUGGGAGUAAAGGUCCUGAUGGUCACAAACGCGGCGGGGUCGCUCUGCGAAAAGUACAGACCAGGAGACCUGAUGAUAAUCCGAGAUCAUAUCAACAUGCCGGGAAUGGCGGCUCUGAACCCUCUGAGAGGACCCAAUGAUGAGAGGUUUGGACCACGGUUUCCCUCCCUCUGGGACACAUAUGACCGCGACCUGCGUGUCACCGCUCUGGAAAUCGCCCGUAAGCUCGGGCAUGCGGAUCUCACCCAUGAAGGAGUUUACUGCAUGGUGGGCGGGCCGAACUUUGAGUCCGUUGCAGAAGCCAGGUUUCUGCAGAGGCUGGGGGCGGAUGCUGUAGGUAUGAGCACGGCUCCAGAAGUGGUGGUCGCCAAGCACUGCGGCCUGCGAGUGUUUGGCCUCUCGCUGAUCACUAACCGGGUGGCGCAGGCGUAUGAGAUGCAGGAGUCGGUGAACCACAGCAGCGUCCUGGAGGUGGGGAAGCAGCGGUCGCAGCUCCUGCAGACACUCAUUACCGACCUGGUGAGAAGCAUCCGAUUCGGCCAAGAGCCGGCCGUAUGAGUGGAGGACGGUUACACUGCCGGAGCGGACUACUACAGCCAUAUUCACCCGAUGCCAGCCUACAGGACGACCCCUU